AUGAUGAAAGACAAUGCUCAUCCUUCUCCCUUUAAACUGAAACUUGACCAUCAACUCGAACAUCGACAAGAAGCAGAAGAGUUCACUAUCGAUGCUAAUGUCAAGAUUAUCCGACAAGGGUCUCUUUUACAGGAUGUCUGCUUCUCCUCCACUGUCGACAAUUUCAUAUUUGAAGACGAAGAUUGUCCGGAGAAAGUAGAACUCUACGAGCUAUUUAUCGACGCUGGAAUAGUCGAGUUCGAUGCUCAGUUUAUGCUUAUUGACAUGAUUUUGUACGUUUCUGAAAAAACAAAGUCGCUUGAUGACGAUUACAAAGGAGUUUUAACGUUGACGGUUGAAGUCACGUUACCACCGGAACCGGUCGAGCUUAACUAUGCCGGUUCGGAGCAAACUCAAUCCCACGAAGCAAUUGCGACGAAGACGGUCGAGCAAUGGUUGAAACCAAAUCAUAAAAUACAAAAAACCGUGUACAAAAUUGGGGCUGAUGGUGUUUCAUUAGUCCGAAUCGCACAAGGUAGCUAG